UAUAUAAACCGAGUUAUUCGACUUAAAAACCAAGCUGAGAUAUGACGUUUAUUACUUUUCUGGUAUUGUGUGCCUGUGUGUUGGUAGCUGAUUCUUUCAGCGAUCACUACUGGAUAGACUGGAAUGGUACCCUACCAUCGAAUGCAUUUGUGGCAGGAAAAGAUAUCCGGGGCAAGUUAUACGUCGUUCAAGCUUACGUAGAAAAUUAUGGAACUUUCGUGGGGUACAUUUCAGAAAAUCAAACAACCUCAAUAAUAAACCCAUGCCUGGGACUUGGACCAGUACAGAAAGUUUCUGACACUAAGAUACUAUGCACCACAACAGACUCCCUAGCAUGGAUUCCUUCAAACCACACUUGUACGCCAACAAUUUUGAGAUACACCUUCCCAGUUUUAGGAGGGCUGACAGACGAGGGGGAAAAAGUUUACGUAGGAAGGUACUCAGUUGGAGAACACACAUACAUAGGAAACGUCCACACCAAUUACAACAUCUACUUUACAAAUUAUAAAUCAGGAGGAGCUCUUCGAUCAACUUACGAUAUUCUAAUAUAUCCUGGACGGGAUUAGUAUUUUCUAGAUUUAUAUUCUUCCCUGUCAUUUUAGGAAAAUGUUCUAUGAUCAAAACAAAUAUAACACAAAAGUUAAUACAGAUAUUUGCUUUUUUGGAAA